AUGAAUAAAAAGUACAAUGAUUUCGAAAAUAGAAAAAGAAACAAACAAAAUGGAAGAAAGGAUUUCAAUAGGGCUAACUUAAAGAAAAGGGAUAAAAAUUUCAAGCAAAAAAAUGCAAAAUUGAAGAACGUAUAUGUAGGUAAAAACAAAAAUUGGAAAGGGCAAAUCAAAAAGUCUUAUUCAAAAGAUGAUAAAAUAAACAGUAAUACAAUAUAUAACAUUGAUAAGAAUAACAGAAGGCAAAGUAGUAACGAUAGGUAUAAUAAUGAUAAGGAAAACUAUAAUGAAUAUAAUAAAAAAGAAACAUAUGAUUUUGAAGAUAUAUUAAAGGAUUAUUCUGAAAACAAGAUAGCUUUAAAAAAAACAGAUGAAACUUUUGUUUUACAUUUAUGUAAGUUAUAUAAUAUAAGUGAAUUUUGGUUUUUGUUAAAAAAAGGGAUGGAACAUAUUGUUUCAAAAUAUGUUAUAAAAAAAAAGAAAAAAAAUUUCCAAUAUGAUAAUAUAAAUUUUUACAUUAAAAAAUUGCAAAAAAGAAAAAAAAAAAUAUAUAAGAAUUACAUUGAAAAUGAAGAUAUGAUAAAUCAUACAAAAGAAGAUAAAGAAGAAGAUGAUGAAGAUGACGAAGAUGAAAAAACGAAAGACGAUUUGCCAAAUGGAGACAAAAUUAACAAUACAAAUAUUACAUCAUUUAGCCAAAAGUUGCUUUUUUUUGAUAUAGAAGAUACAUUAUUCAAUCUUGAUAAUGAUCAAAUUAGUAUAAAUAAAAAGGCAUGGAAAAAAAAGAUAAAAAAUUUACUAAAAAAAAAAACCCAAUCAUCUGAAAUCCCUAAAGAUGAUAGCGAAGAUGAUAAUGAUAACUCUGAAAAAACAAAAAAAAACAAGGAACACUCAAUCAGUUACAAUAAUAUACCUAUAUAUCUGAGACAAAUUUAUGAUAUGGAAAACGAAUAUAGUGGUAAGAUCAGAGAAAACAUAGGGCAAGUUAGCAUCAAAGAACUAGCAAAACAAAAGGUAAACAUGAGUAAUAUAUACAAAUUGUUGUACGACAUAGGGCUUACAAUGAUAUACUAUAAUUUUAACACAUAUAUAGAAAAACAUGCAGAAGAUGAAGAACAAUUACAUUUAGAAAUAAUUCACAACAAAAAUAAUAUAUUUAGUGAUAGAAUUAAUAAUAUGGUUGUAUUAAUAAAAAAAAAACCAUUAAUAUACAUAAUGUAUGCAAAAGUAUUAAUUGAUUCGUAUAAAAAAAAAGAUAAUGUAUUUUUAAAAAAAACAAUAUUAGAAUGUUUGAAGCAUAUAUUUUUAUUUGUUUUGCAUAAUGAAAAUUUAUUAACAUUUGAAGAAAAUGAUCAGAAUGUAUUAAAUUAUAUAUUAAAUAUAUUUUUUAACAGAUUUAAUUUUAAGGAUUAUAAUGUAUCUUCCUUUUACUUGUUUUUUAAUUCUUUAAUUUAUAUAUAUGCAUUUGAAAAUUUUACAAAAAAAUUAUUUAUACAAUAUAAUUUUAUUUUAAAAAAUGCUGUAUAUAGUAUGAUAUCGAGUUUGUUUUUUAUAUCAGCAAACAAUAUAAAUGAAUUUUGUUUAAAAAAAAAGGAAAAUAGAUAUACAAAUUUAAAUGUAUUAUUAGAAGCCUACAUGACACAAACAAAAGGAAAUCCAAUUUUGUUAAAAUUUAUACAACAUUAUAUACACAUUGACGAAUUUAGAAAUUAUAUUGUUUUUUAUUUUUUUGAAAAAAUAUUAUCAAAUGUAGCAUAUUGUGUUAAUAUUAUUGUCAAUGCUUUAAAAGAAAAGAAAAAUAUAGAAAAGGUUGUAGAUAGUUUUAAAAAUGAAAUUAUAAAUAUUAACAGAUGUUUAUAUGUUAUUUAUAAAGUCAAAUGCCAAACUAUGGAUGAUAUAACUGAAAAUAUUAUAUACUUUUCAACAUACUUGUUUGACUUAUUUUCACUAAACAUAUAUGAGUUACAUGAAAAGAGGGCCAUACUUUUGACGUCAUGGAGCAUCGACAAAAUGAAAUAUAUGAAACAAAUCCAGGAUACUGACCAAAAUAAUAGUGAAAAUAACAAUAAAAAUGAUAAUAUAAAGCUAAAUGGUGAUGAAAAUAGUCAUAAACAUAUCGAUAAUAUAGAUACCACCAAUUGUGUUCAUAAAGACAAUGAUACUAAUAGUGAAAUAAACAAAGAAUCUCAAAUGAAUAUAAAGAAAAAUGCCGACUUUUCUGAUAAUAAUUUAAAUGUGAAUGAAUAUUCAGAUCCUAAACCGAAUGAAAACCAAACAACAGAAGAAACACCUGAGAAUGAACAAACCGAAAAAGCAUAUAAAGAUGAUAAUGAUGGAAAAAAAAAUACAAUAAAAGAAGAAGGGAAAAAGAAAAAGAAAAAAAAUGCUGAAAUAAAUAUUUUCAAUAAAUAUUGUUUGUAUGGAUAUUUAAGUAAAAAAAUUGUUAAACUAUUAUCAAGUAUAUUAGUAAAAAAUAUAUAUUUUAUAAUAUAUAAUAAAAGUGCACCAAUAAAAAAUGAGGGAAAUGAUAUCGAAGAAAACCAAUCUCAGGAUAAAAAAUAUUUAAACAGCUUAAAUUUCAUAUCCAUAUUAAAAAUUAUAAAAAGUGUAGAUUCUUAUAAAAUUAAAAUAAACUUUUUAAUAGUAAUGUUUUUGUUACUAUAUUGUUCUCAGCAAUUAGAUGAUAAUGUUUAUUGUUUUUUUUAUAGUAUACUAAAAGAUAUAAAUUAUUAUGAAUGUUAUCAUACUUAUAAUUUUUAUAGUCUAAUGACAGUUUUGAUAUUAACAGAUCCAAAUUUAAUAAGAAAUUUGAGUUUUAUAAAAAGAAUAUUUCAGUUUAGUAUACAUUCAAAAGAAACGUGGACAUAUGUCUAUUCAUUAAACAUGAUAAAAUAUUUAGUUUUAAAAAAAAAAAUAUUAAUGAAAUUUUUAUUUAAUAAUGAAAAUAAAUUAUGUGAUGAUAAUAUAAAUCAUGUUAAAAAUAUGCACAUGCUAAAAUUUAAAAAAUAUCACAAGGAUAAUGAUGUUUAUAAACCUGAUGAUAAAAUUUUCACUUAUAAUAAAUCAGUAAAUAACCCUUUAGAUUCUAAUUCAGUAUUAACACAUUUAUACGAAUUUUACAAUUUUACAUCCAUGUUAAAUAAUAACUUUGACAAUCUAUUAUUGGAAUUUAGAAAUGUUAAUAUUUUUAAUAAUUUUUCUAUCAUUAAAUAUAAAUCGAAUCAAAAUGAUAAAGCUAAUAUUAAUAGUGUACAAAUUGCUCACAAUUUUGACAAUGCUAAUAAAGAAAAUUCUAUAUUGAUAGGAGAUGAAGAUUAUAACAACCAAACAAAUGAAGAACGAAAUGAUGAAAAAAGAGGGGAUGGAAAUUCAAAUAAUGGUGCGGUUUCUACUACAGUUACUAAUGAAGAUGGAAAAGAGGAUUCAUAUGUAGAUGACAUAAUUAUUAAUAUAAAAAAUAAUUACAAUAAAAAAAAUAAUAUCAUCCAAAAUUAUACAAUUGAGCAUACAAAUAAUACUACAGGAAACACAAUUCAAACAUCCCUAAAUAAAAAUAAAUAUGAACUUCAAAAAGAUAAUAAUAUGAGUUAUUUAACUCAUAAAACUUCAUACAGUACUCAUAUUGUAAUAAAUUUGAUGGAACGGCUAGCUUUUAAUUAUAAAAAUGCAAUGGAUCAAUUAAACAUACAUUCUAUCAUUUCCAACUUUUUGCAUGAUUGUUCUAAUAAUGGAACUACUCAAAAUAAUAAUGGAAAACUAAAAUUAUAUAAUAAUGCUUAUCAAAAAUAUUAUUAUGACAUAUUACAUUUAUAUAAUAAUAGCAGUUUUAAAAAAUUUAAAGAUAAAUAUAAAGUUAAAAGAAAAAAACAAAAAGAUAAUGAACACAGAAAUGAAGAUUCAGCUUCCUCAAUCGAUGAAGAACAAGAAGAAGAUCGAUUUUUAGAUGAAUAUAUAGCCAAAAAUUUUGACUUAGAUCAUAAUUUAAAUGAUUAUGCUAACAAUGAGGAUGAGGAUGACGAUGACUUAUUUUUAAAUAUUAAUAAGAAAAAAUCCAAGAAAGCUUUUAAAGAUAAAUCAGCUACAAAUAAAAAAAGAAAUUUAACACAAGUUUCUUCUAAUAAAAAAAAAUCACAAAAAAAAAGACACAAAUCUGGCCAACUGUCUGAUGACAACAUAUUGGAAUUUUCAGAUUUCGUCAAAUCAAAGAAAAAUAAAAACAUAAAAAAAAAUUAA